AUGGAUCAUCCACUGCUAGAGUUGUGCAAUGGCAUUCAAGAGGAUACACCUUUAGCACAUAUCACUGCUCACACUGUGCUGGAAAUGAACUACACUGACAAGCAACUGACAGCAGCUGUUGUGUCUAAAGGGUUAAGACCUGGUCUUGCAGGGACGGAAUCAUGUGCACCACCAAGAUUACUAUCUCUGGUACAAAGAUGUUGGGAUGCUGACAUGCACAAUAGGUCUUCAUUUGAUGAUAUCAUCUCCACACUUGAUCUCAGCAUGGUUUUGCCAUGUUGCCUGUAA